AUGAAGACAGUCAUUUGGCUCUCGUUUUUCGGUGUCGGUGCGCUCGCGCAUCCAUCGGGUCUGUGGUGGGGCACUGAUGAGUGCUACCCAAGCCCGGAGAAUACCGACAAUCAGUGCUUGGAGCCUCAGAAGACUGGUUUUGACUGGUCUGACCUGGGCAACGGAGACUAUUGGAGCUACGAGGGCUUCAAUUUCGUUGGCUUCACCCCCAACGAUGCCUGUGGAUCUUCCGGGGGCAAGUGCAUCGAGGGAAGGCUUUCCCGCGACGAUGACUAUGCUAUCAGAGUGGAAGCGACCCAGGCGCCGUUCUCCGUCAGCAACCUCCAUCUCUCUACCUCGCGGGACACCCCGGUCAUCCUCAACUACCAGAUGGCAGAUGGCUCUAUCUGUCGCCAGCAUGCUUUGGGUUCGACUAGCGGAGCUGAUAUUACCAACGAGCAGUGUGGUAACGCUGUUGCCGUGGAGUUCACCUUGCCCGAGGACAGCCAGUUCGGCGAAUGUGAUAUGAGCAUCCAUCGUAUGGACUUUGACUGUUCUACCGGAACAAAGCCUCCCACGGAGAUUCCUCCUCACUCGUCGCAUACUCAUCCAGAGUCUACUCCUACUCCUUCAACGUGCACCUCAGGUACAACCACGGUGCCCACCGAGUCUUGGACCAAAUCGACAGUGUGGACCUCCGAGACAAGCAGAGUGACGGUGCCCACGGUGCCCACCGAGUCUUGGACCACUUCGACAGUUUGGACCACCGAGGAGAUCACAGUUACAUCUUGCGCACCCACAGUUACUGACUGCCCUGCGCACUCUACUACCGUGGUUACUUCCACAUAUGUUGCAUCUACUACCGUGUGUCCGCCUCGUCCAACAACUGAUCGCAUAACCGAAACUCCUCCAAGCCCGACCAACCCAACCAGCCCUACUAGCUCCAGCCCGCCAGUUGUCCCUGCUCCAUGCCCUGAGAUUGUCCCCAAGUGCUUAAACACUUGGCUCUCUGUCCCCAAGUGUGACUCCAACAGUGAUGCUGCCUGCUUCUGCCCGUCUUCUGAGUUCACUGAGAAGGUCACGACCUGUAUUCAUUCUUGGGGCACGUCUGAGAAGGAGGUCGAUUCUGCACUCUCCUACUUUGCAGGUAUCUGUGCGCCUUACGUCCCCAAGAACCCAGAGAUUAUCGACAUUGUGCCACCCAGCAACACUCCCACGGAUGAGGUUCCCCAUCGUACCGUCACUGCCCCGGCUCCUGGUGUGACUGCGCCGCCACAGGAUAUUACCCCAGCCCCCACCGCGCCCAAGACCCCUUGCACCACCAUGUCUUGGUCCUCGCGCACUGUUACCGCGCCUUUGGUUGAAUUCAGCACUAUUCCCGUUGGCACCACCUCUACCGUUGCCUUGGUGCCUGGUACCAUGACCGACACCCACCCGACGACCAGCCAUCGUACUUGUUCAACAUCGACGACUUCCACUUCAACUUUCUCUACUUCCACUAGCUCCAAGACCACCACCUGCAUUACCCAUGCCCACAAACCCACGGCGACCAUUCCCCUUUCUAAUGGCGGAUCACGGGUAUCGUUCCCAAGCAUGUGGGCCUUUGGUAUGGUCUUUGCUGUGAUGUGGCUCAAGUAG